AGUGCAGAACGCAACGUGUGGAGAAUACAGGGAGCAUCAGCAGCAUCAAACAGCCAUGAAGCUCCAGUAUCUUCUCUGGCUCAUCUUUUUGUUUGGCCCUUGCAUGGCAGGACAUUUCCACAGAACCAAUGCAACUACCUCAGAGGGCCACCGGCACCUGGAGCCAUCCCAGCUGGAGCUUCUCUCCUUGGGCCAGAAACAGCUGCUGUCUGACCUGGAUGAGAGCACUGGGCGCUUGGUCAGGCAGGACAGUGUGGUGUCUGUGGAACUGGACAGACAGAUGCAAGCUUUGGAGGAGGUCAGAAGACGAGGGAAGAAGGUUGGAAGAAUGAAGGCUCAGGUAAAGGCUGACCUCCAGUUGCUCACUGCCAGAGGGGAGAGGCUGCAGACUGCCGCCUGGAGGCUGAGAGAUGAGCUGGGUGCCCUAAAGACUAGCCAGAAUGGAGCAGUUCAGCGGAUAAAGAAAGUGCUCGCUAUAGUUCUACUGUUAAGUGGCUCAGCCGCAAAGGCGCACUCUCCAGUAAACAUCGCUCAGCUCAAGGAGAUGAUGGACUCUCAGUCCAGAAGGCUCUCCAAAUUAUCCCUGGAGUUAACAACACAUGAUGAGCUCAUGGUGAAACGUCAAAAGGAAAUCACUGACCUUGAGCAGCAGGUGUCUCACCAGGGGGCUACGCAACAAGAGGCCUAGCAGAGGUUGAUGCUUCCUCACAAGGCCACCGUUCUCUCUUGAAACUCAUUCUGCAUUCUGU